AUGGCUUCUCCGACCAGCUCUGAUGAAGGGGAGAUCAUCGAGAAUGGUCGCGGGGACUUGAAGGCAACUACACUGCCAGAUUUUGAAGGAAACGGUGUUGACCGUCGCGACAGAAACCGAGCUAGAACCCCCCGAUCACCAGACUCGCACGAUUCGCGCUCUCACCGAAGCCCUCGCCGAGACCUCUCGCCGAGAGGCUACAAACGCUCCCGCGAUGAUCCCGACUCUCGCCACCGUGGUGGCAGGGGGUUCGACGGUCGACAGUUCCGGGUGCAUUAUGAGGACUCAUCGCGAGGGGACUCACGCCGGGCUCGGCCCUACGAUGAUCAAGAUCGCCCCCCAUCGAGAGGCGUCUCUGGUCGCUACGACGAUCUAGAUCGAUCUACGUCCUAUGGCGCAAAUCGCCAUCGUGACCAUCGGUCUCAGCGCCCAAAUGACACGGAUCGUGACCGUGACCGCUACCCACAAAAGCGCCAUCGAACUCGAAGCCGGUCCCCAUACGCAGCAGACAGCCGCAACGGUGGACGACGGGAUCGCGAGAGACGAGACUUUGACCGUUUCGACAGGCGUCCAAACGAGGAGCACCCUCGCCCCACCCAGUACAGUGCCCGUCACGAAAGCAACACACGAGAUGGUCACUCGUCCAAGCGGACUGCGGUGACUAACAUGGGCCUUAAUGAUGUUGCUAGGUCCAAAGGAGAUGUUGCAGCUAAAGCGAAACCCGCAGCUCCGUCUCAAAAGCCACAAGAGUCAGUGUUGUCCGACCUCAAUGCCAUACCGCCCGUCCUAACCUCAAGCCUUAGGUCUUCGGCCGAGCACGCUUCACAACAGCCAGAGUUCGAACCUCAGCAGGAUUGGGAAGAGGAUAGACCCAUCGAUGUUGACGCCGAGAUAGAGCGGCGUCGGCGCCGGCGGGAAGAGAUCCUGAGAAAGUCUCGUGCUUCAACCCCCGUGCCUCAUCUUUCGCUCCAAGGUGAUAAUGCGGCGGUAUCGACACCUGGCGGAUCAACUCAGGUCGGAACACCUGCAAGAAGCGAGGUCGAUACGCCACGUUCUGGUAUGUCUUUCAUCCAAACGACUCAGCAAGCUCGCGCUCACCAAGAUUUAGGCGGAACACCAGGCAUGUCGCCUGUAGCAAACCAGACUGCUCCUUCUCCUGAACCUAUCGAUCUAGCUAAUGACCAGGAUCUGAUCAAUGUUCACGGACACGAGGAGAACGGAGCAGAUGCUGAUGACGACGGCCCCUCGGCCGCCAACUACGACCCAACUGCCGACAUGCAGGAGGAUGAACGCCGAGACGAGAGGCGGCAAACAGGUGUGGGUCUUCACGGCCAGGAACGCCGUGGUUCAAUCAUAGCAAGCGACGCCGACAAGCCAACUGAGGAGCAGCCACCUGUUUCGGAAUCCAAGGAUGAAGAUGACGGUGAUGACUUCGACAUGUUCGCCGAUGAUUUUGACGAGUCGAAAUACGCCGCGCCGAAAGCUACUACUCAGGCCAAUGGCGAUCUGGAUAAGCAGGGUCUCCCGGCCCAGAUUGCCCAAGGCAAUGCCGGUGGAAUUCUGGAAGGUGAUGAUAAGGAUGGUUACUACAAGAUUCGACCUGGCGAGAUCCUCGAUGGCCGCUAUCAGAUCCAGACAACGCUCGGAAAGGGUAUGUUCUCUGGCGUUGCCCGCGCUGUCGACGUCACCACAAAGAACCUCGUCGCCAUCAAAAUGAUGCGCAACAACGACGCUCUCAGAAAAGGUGGUUUCACUGAGAUUGCCAUCCUUGAGAAACUCAAUGAAGCGGAUCCCGAGAACAAAAGGCACAUUGUCAAAUUCGAACGCUGGUUCGAGUACAAGGGUCAUCUCUGCAUGGCUUUCGAGAACCUGUCGUUGAACUUGAGGGAGGUGCUGAAGAAGUUUGGCAACAAUGUCGGAAUCAAUCUCAAGGGCGUGAGGGUCUACGCUUACCAGAUCUUUGUUGCUCUGGCACACAUGCGUAAAUGCAGCAUCGUCCACGCUGAUCUGAAGCCCGACAACAUUCUCGUCAACGAAGCCCGAAACGUUCUCAAGAUUUGUGAUCUAGGUACGGCCAUCGAUCGAUCCGAUGCUGCGACGGCGCACAACGAGAUCACCCCGUAUCUCGUUAGUCGAUUUUACCGAGCGCCCGAGAUUAUUCUGGGCAUGUCCUACGACUACGCAGUCGAUAUGUGGUCUAUCGGAUGCACACUGUACGAGCUGUACACCGGCAAGAUCCUUUUCACAGGUGAUAGCAACAACCAGAUGCUCCGGGCCAUCAUGGAGAUACGGGGUAAAAUCAGUGCCAAGAUGUACCGGCGCGGCCAGCUAUGGCAUUUACACUUCGAUGAUCUCGGCAACUUCGUUAGCCAAGAGCGAGACAAGGUCCUCGGCAAGCCUGUCAUGAAGAUCUUGCCCCUUGUCAAGCCGACCCGGGAUCUUCGUACGCGUCUGUUGGCCGCGUCGAGCGGAAUGAGUGAGAUGGAGCUGAAGGAGCUCAACCUGUUUCAUGACCUGCUGCAGGCCUGCCUCACCCUUAACCCCGAAAAGAGGAUCACUCCGAUGGAUGCUCUCAAGCAUCCCUUCUUCACCUCUCGCAUGCAUUAG